UGCCAUUAUUAUUAUUAUUUAUUAGUAUUGUUAUUAUACUUAUUACUUAUAAUUAAUGGCAUGGCUUUGCUUAACCUACGCUUUGGAGUGGGAGGGGGGGAGGUCAGGUCACCCCACACUGCUCGUCUAUACUGAAAUUACUGACCACUGCCUUAAAUGGAUCUGUUUGCUCUCUGUUUCACUUCUUCAUAGCUUCUUCUCUUCUCUCCUUUAUGCCAUUUUCGAAACUUCCUCUUCGUUUUGCCUUGAAUCCUUCCUUGAUCCGCGUUCUUCAGCUGCUUGUUGGUGUUUCAGGUGAUUCAUGGUUUGUUUUCUGCUUUUUUUCACUUGAUCAUGAAUCCUCUUUGCUGCAUUGCUCCCGUUUCGAUCGAUCGGGACCGGGCCAACCCUGUUGUGCCUAAAUCACCUGCUCAGUGUCAGUUAGGAGCGGAUGCAUCUGUGAAAACUGUUAACUAUGGUUCGAAACCCAGCUCUGCUAUUGAUUCGUCGCUUGGUUCUGAUUCCAACAAAGCGUCGUUCACUUCGAAUCACGAUGAGGAGGAGGUAGUGGUGUUCAAUGAAGCUAGAGAUUCCAAGGUGUUCAGUGGCACUGUAGCCGGGAUUUUGUAUAAGUGGGUGAAUUAUGGUAAGGGUUGGAGGUCCAGGUGGUUCAUGCUUGAAGAUGGGGUUCUUUCUUAUUACAAGAUUCAUGGUCCUGAUAAGAUUUGGAUGAGUCCGGCUAGAGAUAGGAGCGUCAGGGUGAUCGGUGAGGAGUCGUCUAAAUACAUGAAGAAAGCAAAUUGGAAUCUAAAUCGACAGGGGGGCGCUACCAAGCAAUGCAAACCCUUUGGUGAGAUACAUUUGAAGGUUUCUUCAGUUCGUGCCAGCAAGUCUGAUGAUAAGCGACUUUCCAUAUUUACUGGCACUAAAACUCUCCACUUGCGUUGUAUAUCUAGAGAAGACAGAGCUAUGUGGAUUGAAGCUCUGCAGUCUGCAAAAGAUCUUUUCCCUAGAUCUCUGACAAGCGGCGAUCUUGCUACCUCAGAAGAUAUUGUAGUUUCCACAGAAAAAUUGAGAUCUCGAUUAUCACAAGAAGGCAUAUCUGAAGCAAUUAUUAAAGACUGUGAAUCAAUUAUGCUUUCUGAAGUCUCUUACAUUCAAGACCGGCUGAAAUUUCUUCAGCAAAAACAUGUGAUGUUGCUGGACACCUUAAAACAGCUAGAGACUGAGAAAAUAGAGUUGGAAGCUACUGUGGUGGACGAAACAAAGGAACGUGAGUCAUAUUGUGGACAAGGUAAUAGAAGGUUUAGCGAUUUCUAUUCUGUCAUGUCAGAAGGCAGCGCUUCCGAUUCUGUAGCAGAUAAUGAAAGCCAGGACGGAGGGGAUGUUGAAACAGAUGAUGAUGAUGGAACAUAUUUUGACACAAACGACUUUCUGUCUUCAGAUGCUUUAAGAAGUGCAUCCUACCGAAGUAGGGAAGGUGUGGGAAAUUCUUGUAUAUAUGACAGAGAUUCUUUCUUUUCUGAUGGUUUGCACGGGCCUGAGAAGGGAAUUAAAGAUGUAAAAUAUCCAUAUGUGAAAAGAAGGGAUAAUUUACCAGAACCAAAAGAGAAAGAGAAACCUGUUGGUUUGUGGUCAAUUAUCAAAGACAAUAUUGGGAAGGAUCUUUCUGGAGUUUGUCUGCCUGUUUAUUUUAAUGAGCCACUCUCUUCAUUACAAAAGUGUUUUGAAGACUUGGAAUAUUCAUACUUGGUUGAUAGAGCGUUGGAGUGGGGAAAGCAGGGGAAUGAUUUGAUGAGAAUUCUAAAUAUUGCAGCUUUUGCUGUGUCUGGGUAUGCUUCAACAGAAGGUCGACAGUGUAAACCUUUUAAUCCUCUACUUGGGGAGACUUAUGAAGCUGACUAUCCAGAUAAAGGACUUAGAUUUUUCUCUGAAAAGGUUAGUCAUCAUCCAAUGGUUGUUGCUUGUCACUGUGAGGCAAGAGGAUGGAAAUUCUGGGCAGAUUCCAAUUUGAAAGGCAAGUUUUGGGGACGUUCUAUCCAGCUGGAUCCUGUGGGUGUCCUCACCCUUCAGUUUGAAGAUGGUGAAACAUUUCAAUGGAGUAAGGUCACCACUUCAAUAUACAAUAUCAUACUAGGAAAAAUUUAUUGUGAUCACUAUGGGACCAUGCGCAUCAAAGGCAGUGGCAACUACUCCUGCAAGCUGAAGUUCAAAGAGCAGUCUAUAAUUGACCGAAAUCCACAUCAGGUCCAUGGGUUUGUUCAAGACAAUAGAACUGGGGAGAAGGUGGCAAUGUUAAUUGGGAAGUGGGACGGGGCAAUGUACUAUGUCCUAGGGGAUCCAACCACAAAGCCUAAAGGAUAUGAUCCAAUGACAGAAGCUGUAUUAUUAUGGGAAAGGGACACCUACAUUACCAAGACAAGAUACAACCUCUCUCCUUUUGCAAUAUCAUUGAAUGAAAUAAUACCUGGUUUAUUCGAGAAGUUGCCUCCAACUGAUUCAAGGCUGAGACCAGAUCAAAGGCAUCUAGAAAAUGGAGAAUACGAAUUGGCAAAUGCAGAGAAACUAAGACUUGAACAAUUGCAGAGACAGGCAAGAAGGAUGCAGGAAAGAGGGUGGCAGCCUAGAUGGUUCCAAAAAGACGAGGAUGGUUCUUACAAAUUCGGCGGCUAUUGGGAAGCUAGAGAGAAAAAGAAUUGGGAUGGAAUUCCUAAUAUAUUUGGGCAGUCGUGUGAUUUGCCUUCCUGUUCUGAAGAGACUCUACCCUAGAGUGCUUUGAAAUUGGUUUUUAUUCUUCUAGUCAGUUUCAGAUGUCCCUUCUGUUUGUUAAAUGCGAUUUGAGAGUAGCUUGUAAGUUAUGAAUACCCCUCAACGCGUUUGCUUCAUAUGGUGUGCUGCCACUCAAUUUGGGCAGGUGUUGGCAUCAAUCAGCUUUUGAAGUUAUUUAUUAACUAAGGUUUCUUGGCCCUACCUGUCUGUAGUCUUUUAUGGCCGUGUCUGAGAAAUCCUAAUAUCGCAGACAUCGAAGCACUGAUCCUCAGAUACCGCAGGUUAUUCGAUGCGCUCAAGAAUUCCGAGGUGGACAGAUCCUUUCCAGUCAACCAUGUUGACUUUCCAAAACCUAUGCUGUGACACAUCUAUCAAGUUGUUGGUGCCCGUUUAUGAUUUAGCUUUGCUGAGAUUCGGGGAUAACUUCAUCAUUUGUGCCUAUGUAAGAUUACUAAUGUUUAUCUUGUUAAAAAGUUAUAAUUAAAUGCUUCUUAUAGGAGUUCAGGGGAAAAAUUUGACCUGGUUUUUAAUUAGUA